AUGUCCACUUUCCAGCACGAGUAUUUUAGUAGAGCGGAAAGACAGAUCAAGCUCCUGGAAAUUGGCCUUGUCGGCAACUCAGCUCGAUAUUCCGUGACCCAAGGAUCUAUAGAAAACGAUCAGUACUUUGCGCUCUCCUACACCUGGGGCGACCCGAAGAACAGGCGAACAAUUGAAGUCGAUGAUCGCACUUUGAGCAUAACAGCCAACCUAUCGAGAGCACUCGACGAUUUCGUCACCUUUUUCCGAUCUUCUGAGCCAGGACGACCUAAUGUCUUGAUAUGGAUCGACCAACUAUGCAUCAAUCAAAAAGACGACGAAGAGAAGAGCGUUCAAGUCUCUGUAGCUGGAGAUAUAUACCGAAAUGCUCAGCAGGUUCUGGUCUGGCUUCCACUGGAUCGGGAUAUCAAGUUCGGCUUCAAGGACUGGACAUCCUGGCGGCACUGGCAUCAUCAACAGAUCACCUCGCCGCAGUCGAGUAGCUCGCCACCUGGCAGAAUUGCGAUGAGCUACACUGCCAUCUCUCAGCCUCGGCAAGACUACCCCGUUGCUUCUGAGGGCGAUGCCGUCGUUAAGAAUCAGCUCUCAGCAUGGGAAAACAUCCAUAGCAUCAUCACCAGUCCAUGGUGGGAGCGAGCUUGGGGAUAUGUCGAAUUCUUGCUUUCGGAGAAUGUUGCGUUCUUGUUUGGGGGACUGUGGACUUCAGCGGAGUCAUUUCACGACCUGAUUUCUCUCUAUGAGCAGCGGCGGGAAACGCACAUUAAGUUCUGCACUCUCACGCUCAACAUGCUUAAGCAUCAAGAGGGACAAAAGGCACCUUCAUCCAAGUUUUGUGGAUGCUUUGGCCGUGGUGAUGAUGCUCCACCGAAGGACCCGAACGUUGCCAAAGACCAGCGAGAAUACCUUCGACGACAUAGUCAACACCUGUCGGACCUGACACCCUACUGGAGUAGGAUCAUCAAUCACUUUUCUGCCAGAUCGGAACUCCAUGCAAGAGAUGAAAUGGCGACCACUCCUUUGUCGACGUUAAUGAAGCAGGCACGAAACUACAAAGUCACAGACACAAGGGAUAGACUCUAUGCUUUUCUGAACUUGGCGAAUCGUCGGUACGACAUCAAGAUAGACUACUCGCUGCCCACAAGAUCCAUCUUGAUCGAUGCCGCUCGUGCCGUCAUUCAGAACGAACAUCGGCUCGACAUUCUCGCAAUCGCAUGCGAAGACAGAAGCAACGGCACCAAUUCAGGGCAGAUCCCAUCCUGGGUUCCCACCUGGUCAAGCAAAGAAGACGCAGACUCACCAUACAGACAAUUCCUUCGCCAAAUCCAGUUCCCCAUGGCUCGAUAUAGCUACGGUGGCGGUGGGCCGGGCACGCGUGCUUCCCAAUCCAGCAGUCCGGUUGUCUUCUUCCCCCCAAACGGGAUCCUGCAGGCCAGAGCCUUGUUCGUCGACAAGCUCAUCGUGAUGGUUGCAGAGGACGCUUCAAAACACUUUCGGACUUUCAUUACUGAUUCAGGUCGCAAAGUGGCCACCGUUCGAAAAGCAGAGGCGGGAGACGAGAUCUGGAUCUUCCUCGGCGCGGAUGAAGUCUUCACUCUGCAUAAAGACGGCGACUUUCAUGUCAUACUUGGCCAUGCUAUGGUCCGCGAAACGGGUGGAGAAACGUCUGAUGUAUUGCUGGGUUCGAUGAUCGAUCGGCUUAACAAAGGACAGGUCUCUGCGACUGAUAUUCGCAUCAAGUGA